UACACCCCUGCACAGAUAUGUACUCGGGUAGGACCCUACUAUUUAAGAAGGCAGUCAUGAUACGCAUAAGAUGGGAGUAAUAUUAAACAGUGACCUUCAAUGGAAACAACACUACAAUGUAAUGCAGCCACACAUACAUAAGGAAGAAGGAAGGUAUUUAACUUAUUUUAACCACCAGACAAUACUUGAUUAGCCAGUUUCAUUUACAGGGAAACAGUAACCUAAAACGAUUGACGCCUAUUGUACCUGAUGGCAGCAAUCUAACACAGGAUGAGGAAGAUUUCAGCAAGAGUCACGAGCUGCAGUGUAGCUCUGCUCUGUGCCCUGACUUCUGUCUCGGCUGUAAAGAAAAAUCUCAAUUCAAUAAAUGAUUUGAAGAAAAUCAACUAUGGCCAAUCUGUGCCCAAACACAGCCUUGUCCUGCUCUACUGGUUUGCCAACAUAGUUGACAUUGACGAGAACAAUGUCAUAAGGCUGACAUUUGACCCUAAUAGUGGAGAUUAUGGCUCACAUCAUUAUGGCAACUAUGAGGGGCUACUGGACCCACUGCCUCGGGGAAAUAGAUACAAGUACUACACUAUUGGCAAUCUCAAUCAGGAAACCUCCAUGCCACUUCCACCUUUUGUUGUCCGUUCCCCAACUGGGUUUGUGGGAAGAAACAGGGACAGGGUCAUAAUUCUUGUCAGGGAGCAGAACAUAAUAGGGCAAGCUUUGCAGAUAGAUCAAGUGUAUAUCACACAGCACAUUCAACUUCAGGGGACGUAUGAUCCAGAUCAUACCUACAGGAUCACUACUACCCUCUUGAGACAGAUCAGAGAGUUUUCUGUAGGAGACGACCAACAGCAAAUGCAGUAUCUCAGAAGCCUCUAUGGAAGUAACGCUGAUGAUAUCCAUAUCAGAAACACAUGGGGUGACCUUGCUUGCCUUGGACUGCUGUUGUUUAUUGUGAUCCAGGAAAGGUACUCCUUUAACCAACACAACAACAGAAUAGAAAACAACCACACACAUCAAAACAACAACAACAACAACAGACCGGACAACUGCAGACCAGAAAACAGCGGACUGGAAAACGGCAGACCGGAAAACUGUGGACUGGAAAACGGCAGACUGGAAAACUGUGGACCAGAAAACUGCAGACCAGAAAACAGACAAAAUGACUGGAAAGAUGAUGCUUUGGUGAUCGGCAUUAUUUCUUGUAUUUGGUUUAUUUUAUUUACUUAUUCUUGGAUUUUUUAAUACACUGGGAAAGUAUAUGGUAAUGAAUGACAAACACAAAUUAAUAUUGUCUAAAUCAGGGUGUGAUGGUAGUGCUUUUCAAGGACGAUGAGGAGCACAAAGCCAGCAGGACUCAUCAGUUAAUCAGCAUCAAACAACGGCCAGGUGUUGCUCGGUGUAUGCUUCGUUUGGCCUUCCUAUGUAUAAUUUUAUUGUUUAGUAUAUUAUUGCAUAGUUAAUAUUAGGGACG